UGUAGCUCGAGAGAGUCUCUCGGGAGGCUGGACUAGCCACAAGUUGUGGUGAACCAGGGUAAAAUCGGUGUGCCUCGUUCUUUUCUCUUUACUUCUCGCUUAUUCAUUUUUAUUCCUGCGAUUUCUUGAUCAAACGCUAUUCACCCCCCCUCUAGCGUUGGUCUAUUAUUCUAACAAUUGGUAUCAGAGCCUAACUCGCGCCCAAACUUAAUCGUUUGAGAGUAAAGCGAUCAUGGGCUCUUCUUCUAGAAAUCUCUAUGCAGGAAUUGGAGAAGGUCAAUCAACCUCUAGGCCACCACUCUUUGAUGGCACCAACUACUCUUAUUGGAAGGAACGGAUGAGAAUCUAUAUUCGUUCCACCAACUUCCAAUUGUGGUUGGUGAUCAACAAUGGCGAAGAAAUCCCUAUGAAGAAAGUGGGAGAAACCACGGUCCCAAAGACCGAAGACGAAUUUGAUGCCGAGGACAUCAAGAAGAUCAAAAACUAUGCAAAGGCCAUCAAUAUGCUAUAUUGCGCAGUCAACCCCGAUGACUACCGAAAGAUCUCCUGUUGCACAACCGCCAAGGAGAUGUGGGACAAGCUUGAAGUGACGUACGAAGGUACCGAUCAAGUUCGCGAAGCCAAGAUCGACUUCCUCACCCAAGAGUACGAAAUGUUCCGGAUGAAAGAAGGUGAGAAAAUUGAUGACAUGUUCGACCGGUUCUCAAAGAUCAUCAACGAUCUUCAUGCUCUCAAAAAGACCUACACCAACAAGGAUCUUGUGAGGAAAAUCCUGCGGAGUCUCACACCCGAAUGGAGGUCAAAAGCCGAUGCAAUCUACGAAUCCAUCGGAGUCUCCAACGUCACCAUCGACGGGCUAAGAGGGGAUAGCUCUCAAAGCCACCAAGGAACCGGUGGAAGAGGCUUCAAGCGAUGACGACAAUGAAUUCGGGCUCGUCAU